CAGGAAUGUAUUCGGCCAACCACUGGCGCGCCAUGUGAGUGUGGGGAUGCUCCGUGUUGGAGCCCGGAGCAUCGCUGGCGUCGCUGUGCCGUGGGUUCGGUGUCUGAGCUCCACUGGACAUGCCUUGGGGCUUUGUGUGCCACAGUGGUUUGGCGCGGGCGACCUCGACCAAGAUGCCCGCAAAGCUGUGGUGGAAGGCGCCUGCAUGGGAGCCAAAGCGCUGCAGCGUACGCUGCCGGAGCUCCAGUCUUUCCUUAUGGCAGUUGAAGACGAAGAUGCUAGCAUUGGACAUGGAAAAGUGAAGUAAUGGCCGGGGCAUCAAGCUUCUUGCAAUCCCGCCAGCCAGAGCAGGUCUUCACCAUUGGAGGCGACUGCUCGGUGGACCUGGCCCCUAUGAGUUACUUGCGGUGGCGCUACCCCAAGCUCCUAGUGGCCUACAUCGAUGCCCAUGCAGAUCUCAAUGCGGAGUGGGAGUCGCCCUCGGGGCACUUCCAUGGGAUGAGCCUCCGAGCGUUGCUGGGUACUGCACCUGAAGACUUGCAGCCCCGGGUGCCGCUGGAGGCAGCUCGCUUGGCUUUGCUCGGUGCCCGCGAGUUGGACUCUUCUGAGCAGGUGUUUGUGGAAAAGAAUGAGGUGAGAAAUGGCAAGACGGAAAGUUAAUAUCUCUUUUUUUGGGGGGCAGUUUGCUGGUAGUACCUCAAGGGCGGGAAGCCUGAUCUGUUCUCCUCACUUUCCUGUGACAUUUCAAGUUCCACGCCUGAGGUGCGGUUAUUGAGCACAGCUGAUUUGAAAGUCCAGGAUGCAGCCCAGGUGCUGGUUGACAUGGCUGGCGACGGCGUGGUGCACGUCCACCUGGAUUUGGACGUCCUGGAUCCCGUGGAGUUUCCUCAUGUGAACGUGCCAGCCGAAGGAGGCCUCAGUGUGCAGCAGUUGCUGCGCCUCUUGCACAGCAUCUCCGCUGCCUUCCCUGGCCGUAUUUGUGGGGUGACCCUGACGGAGUUUCGGCCACGUGGCCAGGUGAAGGGUCUUGACAAGUUGCUGGAGAGCUUUAUGGGGCCCGACGGCCUAGAUCUUGCCAAGCAGGUGGCCAGCUGGCGUUCAGUGAGCAGAGAGUGAUGGCAUGAUUGUCGCCAUGGACUUGGUGAGCGUGUCAGAUAGGCCAAACAUGGCCAAAGCAAGUGGUUCUGCACCUGGCUCAAGAAGCAUGGGCAUGCAUGUGCCAG